GGUAUUUCGACAAAUUAGCAAGCAAGUGUUUGAGAAGGGGGGCGAACUGACCUGUGAAGAGUGGAUGGCAAGUCUUCAAGAGACUGAAUCUGAAGAGAAGAUUGGCCAAUUCCUGGCGGCUCUUUGGUUUAUCUGGGAAGAACGAAAUUGUCAACAGUGGAACAAGAAGAAAAGGGAAGAAUACGAGAUAAUGGGGAAAUCUGAAAGAUGGUUGCUGCAAUACCUAGAAUAUCAGAGCGCGACGAUGGCCACUGGACCCAGGCAGGCGAUUCUAUGGAAACCACCGGAUAGAGCAGACUUCAAGAUCAACGUCGAUGCCGCUACCUUCACCGGAGCGGGAACUGGCCUGGGGGUGGUAAUUCGUGACAAAAACGGAGGGUGUUGCUUUGCCGGAGUACGAAGAUCGAGAACUCAAUGGACGGCGGAGCUAGCUGAGAUUCAGGCCAUUAAAUUGGGUUUGGAGGUCGCGAUUGAGAUGGGCUAUCGACCGGGUGAGAUUGAAACUGAUUGCCUUAGAGUGGUGCAGCAGAUCGGGAAGGAGGAAGAGUCGCUAACUGAGGAGGGGGCAGAAUGUGAAGAAAUGAGGGAUAAGCUCGCUGGUUUGAGUGGAGAGUUUUCGGUUAGUUUUUUAGGUCGGGACAGUAACCGAGCGGCUCAUAUUAUGGCCCAUACCCAAUGUGGGUGGCAUGAGACUGAGUUUUGAGCAGAUAGGCCCCCUAUCUUUAUUGUAAAUCAGCUCAUUUCUGAUACCUGUAAUAUUUCACAUUAAUGAAAUAAUACAGGUCUUUACAAUAAAAUAAAAUAAAAAAGCAAGCAAGUGUUUGGUUUCUGGCUAAUUUGUAAUUACUUAAUUCUUUUCCACUAUCCGAAGUUUUUAUAUUGUUACCCCAAAUUAGCAAAGCCUUUGUCAGAGUAGUUGAAUGGUAUUGUGAUUCGUGUGGUACAGCUUGAGCAUAUGGAAUUAAGUUAAUUGUUUGCUUAGUUGUUAUUGAUGAUCAAUUGGUAUGUACUCAUGUCGAAACCGGCUCAAUCCGAUUGAACCCCGAUUCGACCUUUAAAUCUAGAACUCCUGUGUCAAACCGACUUGAUGGCUUAAUCCGGUUUGACAACCUUGGAUAUUAUAGAAAAACUAAUAUUUAUUGUUUAAUAAUUGUGAAAUAUCCAA